UCUUACAGUUGAAAACUAUGAAAUCAGUUUUAUAAUCGAAAAUAAGUUUAGCAUUCAAGUUUAGGUUUUGCGUUUUUCCGUGCAGUAGGCUAAAAUUGUAUUUGAAUCAACGACUGGACGUCCCAUCACCUGGCACAGUUUUCAGGUUUUGAUCAACACACAGUAUUAUAGCUCACUGUUUGUUGUAGGUUUACAGCUUUUCACCUGCAUCUCGACAUGCUAUCGGGUGUGCGGCACUUUUUGCCUUCGGCACUGUCCGAUUCGUUGUGCCGCGACUGUCUCAGCCGCACGCGUUGCUUGCCGUCCCGAAGCUUUAGUUGGACGCCGAGACAAAUGAGCAGAUGGAACAGUCAGGAGUACAGCGAGCCUCUGGAGGACAACCCGAGGGUCCUCAUUACAGGUGGUCUUGGACAAUUAGGUGUGGGGCUUGCCCAAAUGUUGAGGAAACAAUAUGGAAGAGAUAACGUUAUCCUCUCAGAUAUCAAGAAGCCUCCAUCAGAGGUGUUCAGUAGUGGUCCAUUUGUGUAUGCCGAUGUGCUGGACUACAAGAGCCUACGGGAGCUGAUUGUCAACAAUCGCAUCACCUGGAUGGUGCAUUACAGCGCCCUUCUGAGUGCCGUCGGCGAGGCCAACGUCGCCUUGGCACGCAAGAUCAACAUCACAGGCCUUCACAAUGUGCUGGAUCUGGCUCUGGAGAACUGCUUACGUCUCUUUGUGCCCAGCACCAUCGGAGCGUUUGGUCCUUCCUCCCCCCGUGACCCUGCACCUGACCUGUGUGUCCAGAGGCCUCGCACCAUCUAUGGGGUGUCCAAAGUGCAUGGAGAACUAAUGGGGGAGUACCUCCACCAUAAAUAUGGACUGGACUUCCGUUGCCUACGCUACCCUGGUGUGAUCUCAGCUACCACACAGCCUGGUGGAGGAACAACAGACUAUGCUGUUCAGAUCUUCCACGACGCCGUCAGCACUGGACAUCACGAGUGCUACUUGCGUCCCGACACGCGCCUUCCCAUGAUGCACAUUGCCGACUGCCACCGCGCCACUGUAGAGUUCAUGCAGGCCCCGAAGUGUCAGCUAUCGCUGCGCACCUACAACAUUGAUGCCAUGAGCUUCACCCCAGAGGAGGUGGCCCAGGAGAUCCGCAAGCACCUGCCACACCUAAAGGUCACCUACAACCCUGACUCUGUCCGCCAGACCAUCGCUGACAGCUGGCCAGUGAGAUUUGAUGAUUCCAAUGCUCGGAGAGACUGGGGUUGGAAACCAGACUACGUUCUUGAAGAGCUGGUGAUAGAUAUGAUCAAAUCCAUCCGCAACAAGAGGGCCGAUGAAGGACUACCAGUCAGCUAGAACAGCCUUUUCCACUGAGACUGUACUACCAGUACACUUCCCCUUCAAGUCCUCAUCAGUGUGGGUUUGCACUAUACAGAAAAACCUCUUCGACCUCAGACUUGUCUCCCAACUAGGACUCAUCUGCAAGUAAACCAAAAAGCUGUUUACAAACCUUGAAUCUUAAGCCAAAGGCACACAACCUGUAUCACAACACCGGACACUGACAAGCUGAUAUCCAACCUGCCAGAUGUAUACAUGAACUUGGAAUACUUGGAACACACCACAGCCUCGAAAUAUACAGGCAGCAAACAGCUUCUUACUUGCAUGCCUUAAUCGUAUUUAGGGAAUCACACUGUCAACCAUUCUCUUUUCUUGUGAAUAUCUUCAUUUUUUGUUGUUUUAAUUGUGAUAAAAAAGGGUAUGAGAUUCAUAGAAGCUUAGAAAAACUUUUAGCAUAGGGGUAUUUUAGAGGUAUCUGGGGUUGGGUGCAUGGUGAUGAUAUAAUGAAACAUCACAGAGUGAUGUUACUCUAUAAAAAUACACUGUAGUUGUGAUAAAUAGGGACAUGCUAGUGAGAAACAAUUUACAAUAUAGCUGAAAAAUUUACAGAAAACUCACAAGGUUAACAAAAUGCCUGCAUUCACAUGUAACUUCAACAGUAGAUCUACACAUUCAAACAUUUCUUUAACCAACAUUGUGUGAUUUGGAGUACAAAUACAAGAAAAGCCUUAUUUUCAAAUGUUAAAACUGUUAAUUUCUGACAUCUGUGAGUAAUUCAUAGAAAUUGCAGUGUACUUUAAAUCAGAAAAUAAAUAAAUCGU